AUGACGGACCAAGUUGACGGCAUCGCGCACGAGCUGUCGAGCCUUGACUUUCACCAUCCAUAUACGCCGUAUGACGUCCAGAACCAGUUUAUGCAGACAGUGUAUCAAGUGCUGGAGACUGGCAACGGACAAGUAGGGAUUCUGGAAAGCCCAACUGGAACCGGCAAAUCUCUGUCGCUCAUUUGCGCUUCUCUGACAUGGCUGCGAAAUUACAAGGCCACUAGGCAAGAGGCAGCGCUGCAGGAAGCAGGAGAAUCGUACAAGGAUGAGCCGGCCUGGAUCGUUGAGCAACUUCUGUCCCGGAAACGGAGCGAAUUGCUGCAGCAGUGGGAAGACAGAGAGAAGCGGCUGGCAUCUAUUCGGCUGAAGGAGAAGGCUCAGGAAGAAAGAGGUCGAAAGAGACGCCGUGUGGAGGACGUUUCUGCGGUUGUCGAAACCAUAGCCGACGAAGAUGCGGAAUGGCUACUGGACGCUGAUGACCAUGAAGUGAGCGACCGAGAUGCCUUGUCCGGCCUGAGUAAGGAAUCACGAGAGAUUCUCGAAAGGAUUGGCCUGGGGGGGCGCAUCUACUAUACAUCGAGAACUCACUCGCAAUUAUCACAAUUCAUCUCAGAGCUGCGUCGCCCAGCGUUUCCGCCGUCGCUGCCACCAUCUGUUGCAAAGGCGUCAGAUGUCUCCCCGACGGAGCCCGUAAAACUGCUGCCGUUGUCAUCACGGCAAAAGCUCUGCAUCAAUCCAUUUGUUGCUCGCCUUGGGUCUGUGCAAGCCAUCAACGACCGCUGCGCGGAGCUUCAACAAGCGAAAUCCAGUAGCAAAUGCUCCUUUGUGCCCAAGGAGGAGCUUCUCAGCCAGACACACCAGUUUCGAGACUCUGCUCUGGCAACCAUUCCCGAUAUCGAGGAUCUACAUCAUCUCGGAAAGUCUUUGUCGAUAUGUCCCUACUACGCCUCUCGCGUGGCUUUGCCGGGAGCCGAAAUCAUCACGCUGCCAUACCCGCUUCUGCUGCAGCAGAGCGCUCGCGAGGCUUUGGGCAUCAAGUUGGAAGGAAACGUAGUGAUAAUCGAUGAGGCGCACAAUAUCCUCGAUGCGAUAUCCAAUGUGCAUGCUGCAGAGAUUCAGCUGAGCGACCUCCGCAGGGGUCGCCAGAUGCUUGGAGUCUAUGUCAAACGAUUUGGCAAGAAGCUAAAGGGUAUCAAUCGAGUCAACGUGGGGAGGGUUGGGAGGAUCAUUGACGGGCUCUCGGAGUGGCUUGAAGGGGCCUUGAAGUUCAAGGUAUGUCUGGACGAACAUGGGAUUGUCGACCCGAAUGACCUCACGAGGCACAAAGGCAUUGACCAGAUGAACAUCUAUGAACUCAUUCAGUACAUACAGGAGUCGAAGUUGGCGUACAAGAUUGAGAGCUAUGUGGCUCAUGUCGAGGCUGAGGGCGACAGCAGCAAUUCCGGACCUCCAAAAGCCGCCACUCCCGUCCUCCAUACUCUCGUCUCUUUUCUGAUCGCUCUUACAAACCUAAGCUCGGAGGGCCGAAUUUUCUACCAAAAGGUCCACGGAGCCGCGACGGACGUGAAAUUGACCUAUCUUCUUCUCUCACCAACUCACGCCUUCUCUUCGGUUGCCUCAAGCGCCAGGGCGGUCAUCUUGGCUGGCGGGACCAUGUCGCCAUUUCAAGACUACAAAGACCAACUGUUUCCCACCCUCGAGCCUGGAAAAGUAACGUCUCUAAGCUGCGGACAUGUCAUUCCCCCGGAGAAUCUUUGUGUCUGGACUCUUGCUUCGAGCAAUCCUGCGUCGCCUCCGUUUGAGUUCAGCUUCAAGCAGCGAGGGAACAGGGAGAUGAUGACGCAGUUGGGGUUGGCGAUUCUAAACGUUUGCAACAUUGUCCCUGACGGAGUGGUCGUAUUCUUUCCGAGCUAUGGCUACCUUGAUGAGAUUGUCAAGGUCUGGCAGCAACGCCAGGGGGAGAGCUCUCAAACCAUAUGGGAUCGACUUCAAGCCCGAAAAUCCGUCUUCAGAGAUUCCAAAGGCGAAUCGAGCGAAGAUGUGCUACGAGACUACUCGCAAGCAAUCCUCGGAGUCAGGCCAGCUGGGGAUAAGCGCACUGGAGCUUUGCUUCUGAGCGUUGUUGGCGGCAAGAUGUCUGAAGGAAUCAACUUUUCAGACCGCCUAGGACGUUGUGUGAUGGUCGUGGGACUGCCGUACCCAAACAUUGCAUCGCCGGAUUGGAAGGCGAAGCUCGAGUACAUUGAGUCUACCACCGAAGCCCGGCUUGUCAAAGAAGGACGAAAUAGUGGCGAGGCAACGGCACAAGCAAAGCAGGCGGCGCGGGACUUUUACGAAAACGCCUGCAUGCGGGCGGUCAACCAGAGCAUUGGUCGAGCUAUCCGGCACCGGGGAGACUAUGCGGCGAUUAUCUUGGUUGAUAGACGAUAUGGGACGGAUCGGAUCCGGGGGAAAUUGCCUGGAUGGAUUCGAGACGGGCUGGAGAAGGAGAGUCACGAAAGGGGGCUUGGUGCGCUGAUGGGGGCUCUGGGGGCCUUUUUUCGCAAGAAGUCGCAAGCGGGCAAUGGUCCGUAG